GGGAGUCCUCUUACUGUGAGACUUUACUCAGUGGUGUGUUGACUUUCUGCAGAACAUGCUAGCACACAGACAACAGAACAAACCUAAGUAAACACUGUGUUUAUAGUUAUUAGUUGAGCAUUUUCUCGCUUUGCACACACAUUUUAACACUGUGACCUUAGUGCACAUAAAAGCAAGACGUUUGUUGCCAGGUCCGGUCCUACCAAUUAGCAGAGAUAUUAAAGGUUAACGUCACUUUUUCAAGGAUGCAGGUGCAGAGAGUUGUUCUCAACUCACGUCCAGGUAAUAACGGAGCGCCAGUUCCUGAAAAUUUCCGUCUGGAGGAGACGACUUUGAACCCUGACCUGAAAGAUGGGGAGGUCCUUGUUCGGACGCUUUGCCUAUCAGUGGACCCUUACAUGCGAUGCAGAAUGAAUGAAGACACCGGUGCUGAUUAUUUGACCCCAUGGCAGCUGUCUGAGUGUGUGGAUGGUGGAGGUGUCGGCGUGGUCCAGUCCAGCCGCUUCGGUACUUGCAGUGAGGGUGACGUGGUCACUUCAUUCAAUUGGCCUUGGCAGACCUACGCUGUCAUGAAAGGAAGUGUCUUAACGAAGGUUAAUCCACAGUUGGUUGAUGGGCACUUGUCCUACUUGUUGGGUGCAGUUGGAAUAACAGGCCUCACUGCUCUGUUGGGCGUAAGGGAGAAGGGUAAUGUGACCAAACGGGCCAAUCAGACCAUGGUGGUGAGCGGUGCGGCUGGAGCCUGUGGCUCCAUAGCCGGACAGAUUGGCAGGCUGGAUGGUUGCGUGAGAGUGGUUGGGAUUUGCGGUUCUAAUGAGAAGUGCAAAGCUUUAGUGGAUGACUUCGGCUUUUCUGCAGCCAUCAACUACCGCAAGGAGGACGUCGCUACGAGGCUCAAGGAGCGCUGCCCUGAUGGGAUUGAUGUUUACUUUGACAACGUGGGAGGUGCCAUCAGUGAUACUGUAAUCGCACAGAUGAACAACGACAGCCACGUGAUCCUGUGUGGGCAGAUCUCACAGUACAACAAGGAUGUGCCGUAUCCUCCGCCCCUGAGCGAGGAGAUUCAGGAAACCCUGCGAAGGAAGAACAUCACCCGGGAGCGAUUUACAGUGCUUAACUACAUGAACAAAGCAGAAGCUGCCCUUUGUGAACUCAGCCAGCUAGUUAAAUCAGGCCAAAUCAAUGUGCUGGAAACUGUGGUGAACGGCAUCGAAAAUAUGGGAGAUGCAUUUUGCUCUAUGAUGAAAGGGGGAAACAUUGGCAAGCAAAUAAUAAAGAUAUCAGAGUGAAGAAAAUCACUGCAGCUGCUCUCACCCGACAAACGCCUUGGGAAAUUAACCUACAGUUGCCUUUUCUAUCACUGCCAUUAACACUAACUCAAUGAGCUCUAGUAAGAUAUUACAACUGAGAGCCAUGAAUGAAAAAUCACACAAUAAUCUUUUGAAAUUGUGUUCUUGAAAAUAAAAAAAAUUUAAAAUCUAAAUAGUGGGUGGAAGUUAGAUAAGUCUUGAAUUUUAAUACUUGUUGAUUUAGACUUUUGGAAAUUGAUGCAGCAGUUUAAUAAAUGUGGAGUACAACAUUGCA